AUGUACCGCCCACGUGCUUUGUCCUCCAGAAGAUUGUUCUCUGUGACCCCACAGAGAUCCAACUUGGUCUCUGACUUGUACGUGUCUCAGAUCAAGCAGUUCAAGCCAACACAGACUUCUGCCGAGGGUGCCGAGGGCAUCAAGAAGUUCCAGUUGCCUUCCAAGCCUGCCGUUCCUUCGGAGGAGGUCAGCGCCGAUGCCGUGUCCGCUUACGAGUCGGCUGCUGUUGAGACCACCUCGGCGCCAUCCACCGAGGCUGCGCCAGCGGCCGAGGAGGACUGGUUUGUUUUCGAGGAGGCCGAGGCCGAGCACCACUAA